UCUCCUCGGUGAAAGGGUGAAACGGAGAAUGGGAGGGUAACAAAAGCAAGACACGGCGGGCUGUGCUCUCAGAAGACUCGGGAAGACUAUAUAACACGUUUUUUAUUCAUUGUGUGCGUCUCUACUUGAAAUAGGCAGUCGCAGGCGGAGAGAGAGAGAGAGAGAGAGAGAGAGAGAGAGAGAGAGAGAGAGAGAGAGAGAGAGAGAGAAGAGAUUGGGGGACCGGCCAGUCACUGUGGUGAAUAUAGCCCGCUUAGUCAGAACACUGCCCACUGUUUGGGCACGCGAGGUGACUCGGAGAAAGUAAGGAGAGGAAUGGUUGGAGUUUACUUCGCUGCAUCACGGGCUGUCCUGUCUUACUUCAGUAGUUCUUAUUCUGAGAAUAGAAUUUUUCUCAGCGAGUCUUUCAGAAUUCAGCCGAGUUCUGAUAGAAGCGAAACACAUCUGAAUUGACUGUUAGUGGAAUUUAUCAGCGUAUUUAUUUAUUAUUGUAUGAUUAAUGGGAUGCGCUUCCGCUCAAUGAACUCCAGACCUGUGCUUUGAUUACUAGUCUCUCCUCGACCUUGCACUAAAUCAAACACAGCUCAUCCCAAUUCCCACUGGAACACGCUUUUGGGGGAAAUUUUCUUGGGCAGCUGGUCUGCCAUUGACGCCGCGGAAAUGGGAGCGUGUCAGGGGGACGGCUUGACCGCGCUCUGCCGAAAAAGUUUCCGUUGGAUUGUGCUGGUUCUGUGGCUUACCUCCGGCGCAAAAGGGACCUGGGGAACCGGACUCUAUAAGUAUCCGACCGGGACACAACUCAACAAAGAGCCAUCUGGAUCCUCAAGCAGUCUUUAUCAAAGAAGGAACUGGUGUCCCCACUCCGUGACAAAGACAGUGACCUGCCAGGUCCAGAAUGGGACAGUCCUCCAGCGCGUUUACCAGAACUGCCGCUGGCCUCAGGGCUGCUCUGGUGGCAGCUACCGCACUGUGGUGCGCCCGUCCUAUAAGGUGGCCUACCGGACGGUCACCGCGCUGGAAUGGAAGUGCUGCCCGGGCUACCGCGGUCCCCACUGCGAGGAAGAGUCGGGGAGCCACCUUGUGGCCCAGGAGGCCGUGAGGAAACAGGCGACUCUGCGGCGCCCACCUGCCCGCCCUGUGGACCAGCUCUCCAGCUGCUUGAACUGCAGUCGGAUCACAGCGCUGACGAACAGGCUCAGCUCCCUGGAGGCGAAGGUCCAGCUUCUGACUGCUCCUGCCUCUACUUCUCAUCGCCACCUACAGGGCAAGGGAGGAACUACAGGGGAGUCCUCUUUAAUUGGAGUGCCACCUGCGAGAGGUGCACCUGGAGUCCAGGGGCCUGUGGGUCCACAGGGUGAGAGGGGGAAAGACGGUACCCCUGGGAGAGAUGGCAAGGCUGGUUCCAGGGGUCUUCCAGGUCCCAGCGGGCCAAAGGGUGACACCGGGAUGAGGGGCCCCUCGGGUGCACCAGGAUCAAGGGGAAUUCCAGGACCAGCAGGACCCCAGGGUCCGCCAGGUCUCCCAGGGGAGAGAGGUCUACCAGGCCUUCCUGGCCCCCCCGGGCCCCCAGGACCCCCAGCCCCCGCCAGUGCCCGUAUUCCAGACUUUGGAUUGCCUCCAGACCGAGGUCAGGGUAGAGACCCCCUCCUUUCCAACACCUUCCUGGACUCACAAGGGGUUCCUGUGAAAGGGCCACAGGGGCCCCCCGGACCCCCCGGACCUGUCGGUCCACCAGGUCCCGCAGGCCCAGUGGGACCACCUGGCCCACCAGGACUGAAUGGAAAACCCGGAGCUCCUGGGAUCCGGGGCCCAGUGGGCCCCAAAGGGGAGCGAGGGGAGAGAGGUCCUCUGGGAUAUCCAGGAGAGAGGGGAUUCAGAGGAGAGCCGGGUGAACCAGGACCAAAAGGGGAGCCAGGGGAGAAAGGACUGCCGAAAAUAAUGGACGGGGACGGGAUACACCAAAUCCGAGAGGCGCUGAAGAUCUUAGCCGAGAGGGUUUUAAUCCUCGAGACUAUGAUCGGUAUUCAUGAGCCUGACCUAGGGUCAGGGGACGGCCCAUUUGGCACUGCGUCUCCUGGCUUCUACCGGGACAAGCGGGCAGGCGUCCUUCCGCACCGGGUCAUCCCCCUUCCGCUCUCCCAGGACACCAAGGAGCAGGGCAAGUAGCCCCAGAGCCCACCAGAGCUCAAAGGGGAAAAUGCUCGGGGGGGUGGAUCUUCCAAGGUCAGGACCCUGACCCCCCUCCUCCCUGACACCCACCCGCUGAUCCAGACUCCAUUUGUUACACCCACCCCUGGCGACGGACACCAGGUGGUGACCCGCCCCCCACCACAGCACGAGAGGAGGACACCUCAGGGAAGACACACUGGUGCUCCGGAGACACCUCACCUCCGCCGCUCAACCCCAGUGUCACCCCCUUCUUCCUCACUCACUCCCUUCAUCCACCCAGCUCACCUCUCCACCAUCUGCCACAAUAACGGGCUUCUCUGUGAAAACGCCAGAGGAACAGCUGAAGGAGUAGGAAUGGCAGAAAACAAACAAAAAAAAGUGUAAAAAAAAAAAAGGAAAUGAAAUGACUGCUAAAAAUGGUGCUUUUCAACUGUAAACGGUCUGAGGACAAUAAGGGGACAUAACAAAAAUACUCAAUGAUAGAAGGAAAAAAUAAAUGACCAAGAAAAAAAGUCUGCUUGGAGUGGUCAUAAUGGGGCUCGGCAGUGUCGGGAAUCUCAGAGAUUAUUGCUUAUUUAAUUAAAGUGAACAUGGAGAGUCUGCAGGAAAUAACAGAAGACCUUCAUGCUUUUUACUUUUGUUUUAUUGAUACCCCCCCAUUUUAGACUGCAAUGGAAGGGACACAUACUCCCUGCCCAGUUUGGAGGGAUGGGGUCUGCUUUCUCAUGUGAAACUCAUGCAUGCUGCAGUUUGCCUGAGUCCCGCAUGCUUACCCGAAACCGUACCCUCUGCAAUUGGGCAGAAACGGCUAAAAGCUUGGGUGCUUCCAUCCUCUUUCUGUCCUGUCUGUGGCAAACCCGUGUUUGCACAGUGUCCUGCAGUCAUUUCUGUGGCUUCCAAUCACAAUCUUUCCAAACCAGGUCUACACAGUGGUCCCUGCAGUGUGGGAAUCAUUAUAACCCCGCUCUAUGGGGCCAGCCUGGAAGGGGACUGUGCACUCAGAGGUUUCACAUGCACAGACAGACAGACAGGCCCUCUUUCUGUGAAUAAAAUCAUAUUGCUUCGGGAUGUCAGUAUAAAACCUGGCUCCAUCAGGGAUAUCUUUCUUUUCACCAGCCUCAAAUAAACCAAUGCCAACCCAUGAGGAGUAGAAAACUGUACAUGUAACUUGAAUACAUUUCCUUUGGUGUAACUUCGUACCACUAUUACAGUCAUAUAUUAUAGAUUCUGAGUACUCUCCAGAAGUAAAAUGUUUUUGAUUGUUCUUUCUUGUAUUAAAAAGUAUUGUUAUGUGAAUUAUUUAAGAUAAUCAUUAGCAGCUGUUUCUGCUUGUUGUA